UGCCAAGAUAGGCCGACAACACUCACACCCGGGCCACACAGAACAGCACAUGGCGAGUCCUCGCGCCGCCGCCAUGCUGAUCCCCGCGCCAGCGCCGCCGCUGCCGCUCUCCUCGCUCCACGCCCUUUCGUCCCACUACUUCCUCCUCCCCUCCUCCCCCCACUUCCUACCCCCUGGCGAGGGCCGCCCCCUCCGCCGCGGCGACCUCGCCAUCCGCAUGGGCGGCGGGCCGCGCACCUACCCCGGCGGCGUGUCCAAGUGGCAGUGGAAGCGGAUGCAGGCCAAGAAGUCCCGGCAGCUCCUCAAGGCGCGCCUCGCCCGCGAGCGCCAGCUCUACGACAUGCGCAAGCGCGCCGAACUCCGCGACGCCGUCGCGCACCUCGAGCGCCCCUGGGACCCCGAAUCCGCCGUCUCAGCCGCCGAUGCCGCGCCCAACCUUCUCUCCGUCGCGGCCGACGAUCAGCUUAGGGCGCUCGCGGACCGAUUCCACCGCCCCGGCGGCGUCGACCUCUGGAACGACCGCGACGGGCCCCGCGUCUUCGAGUCCCCGGCCGCCGGCGCGGCCUCCGCGAGGUUCUUCCCCAAGAACGCCGUCCACAGCGUCCAGCCCUACGCGCACCUCGGUGCUGGCGGAGAAGCCGGCGCACCGCGAGCUCGCGGGAACGCUGCCGACCUGCUGCUAGGGCGCGGCGACGGCGACGGCGCGCAAGGUGUUUGUGAGAAUGCUAAUGAGGAGGAGGCGUUUGGUGUUGGUGACCACGAACCUGCGGUUGAACUUAUGGAAAGGAAUGGAGCUUGGGAGCCGGUGAAUGCCUUGGGCGACGGCGAUGACACUAAUACCGGCAAUUGGAGUUCGGAUGACGAUGACCAUGUCGUUACCUCCGAAUCAGAAUCAGAGGGCACGGGAGAUGUCGGUUCUUGGCGCAAGGGACGAGCAAUGGUCAGGAGAAAUGGAAGGAACAAUGGUGUGGCAAGAUGGGACGCGGCAAGCGCCAUGGGUGUCGGUAGAGAUGAUGACAGAGGCUGGAGUGGUGAUGCUUUCUUCUCAGACUCAGGAGGAGCAAUGGAAGGCCAUCCUAAACAAAGAUGGCAUGAAAGAAGUGGUGGUGGGCGUGCAAGGAAGCGUGCCGGCGGGAGAUGGAAUGUCUUGAACACGGCGGCAGGCAGUGGCACCAGCGAAAUGCGCCGACAAGAUGCUGGUUCGUUCUCCGACUCUGAGGUGAUCCGUGGUGGUUCUGGGCCAAAAUGGAGAACAAGGAACAGAGAUGACACAAUGAAUGGUGCGAGGAGGUGGAACGCUCCUAGAAAGGAUUGGAUGGGUGACGAGUUUAAUCCAAAUUCAGACGGUGCUGGAGGUGGUAAACUGAAACCAAGAUGGGGAGCCCAAAACAAGUUGAAUGGAAGAGGAAGAUUGAAUACCAAUGAUGGGGAGAGGCCAGGGAGAUACACGAGGGCCAACAAUGGCGAUGAGCACGCGAACGAUAACAGUGGCGAUGGAAGAUAUCGGUUUGGUGGUGGCUUUGCCGAAGACUUGGAGGCGCCAACAUGGAAGCCAAGGAGAAUGAAUCGAGCUAGGAACAGCAACGGAGGCAGAGACGAUAGCAUGGUUGGGAGAUUCAGGAGAGGUGACAACGGAGCCGCGAGAUGGUUACAGGAAAAUCCUAGGAACAACAUUGAUGAUCGACGAAGGAUGAGCAGGAAUGGAGGAAAAACAUGGUUGGGAGAUUGAGGGGGGACCAAUACUCGCUACGGCCAACAUCAGAAUUGUACAGUUCUUGGAGGGAGAUGGGAUCGGAUGAAUUGUAGUUAACAGCGAUAGACUGAUGUGAUCUGUUUGUUCUAACAUCUGUAAAACUAUACCUCUGUUGAAAAGUAAUGUACUGAUAUUUAGCAUA